CCCAAGAGGAAAUAUAUUCCCAAACAAACCAAGCACAACGAAAACGCUAAACCAACGCUACGGCGGCAAUGACUGAAGAGCGUAGGUAUUCAUGCGAAACCGCCGCCGAUACUCUGUCAUGGAUCAACGACAUCAUCAGCUUCCUCAAUCCUUACUUCUCCAUCUUCAUCAACGCUCACGUCGUCCAUUUCUUCAAGGAUCGACUAUGGGAGAAUGUUAAUGCAGAAUGGAUCGAUUGCCUGCGAAGAGAAUCGGUUCAGAAUCUUCUAUUAAUACCUUCUGGAGUAGUUCAGGAUCAAUGGCCAGCUUCUCUGAAGGAUUUCAUCCUAAAAUUGAGGUCUAUGGUAUUUUGUCAAGAACAAGCAGAUAUAAACAUGGCUUUACCUGGUCUGCAGAUGACUUCACUUAACAGAGUUCUUGCCCAGGGCAUGAAUGCGAAGAAAAGACAUGAAGUAGAAGCUCUUUCUGCUGUUGUAAGUACAGUUGCAGAGAGUGUAAGGGCUCAUGCCAUUCUUGAUGUUGGUGCUGGUCAGGGUUAUCUUGCACAAGUACUUGCCUUUCAAUAUCAGCAUCCUGUCAUUGCCAUUGAUGCAUGUUCUCACCAUGGGAUGGUCACUGAUGCACGGGCAGAGCGGAUUAAGAAGCACUACAAAUCACAGAUGGUAAAGUCUAGAUCAGGUAUGCAGAGUUUGAAUAUACCAAAGACAAUCACAUGUCGUGUGUUGUCCAUUGAAUCUUUGAAAGCCUUGGUUGAAACUUCUUUGCCUGGAGAUGACCUUGAGCAAUCUAUGUUAAAGGAAGAAAAUCAAGAACAUAAAGGGAAAUCACAUUGUCCCAGUGACGCAAACAACAGACAUCCCACUGUUCUUGCUGGGCUUCAUGCAUGCGGUGAUCUUUCAGUGAUUAUGCUGAAGACUUUCUUAGACUGCAGAGAUGUUAAAGCUGUUGUUAGUAUUGGUUGCUGUUACAAUCUACUAUCUGAAGAAAGCAGUACGGAUGGUGAAUCUCAAUGUGGAUUUCCAAUGAGUCAUGCUGUGAGAUCCACUGGCUUAUCACUUGGAAAAAGUGCACGUGAUCUUGCUUGCCAGAGUGCAGAGAGAUGGAGGAGCCUUGAUAUGCAUGCUGGCAUUCACAACUUUGAGUUACACACUUUUCGCGCCGCAUUUCAAAUGGUUCUUUCGAAAUAUUAUCCAAAAGUUGCGAUGAGUACUCCUUCAAUUGGGCGUAAAGGAAAGGCUCUGCGUAGGCAAAACCAAAGGAGAUAUACAAAGUCGGAGCUGCAUCUCAAAGGACGUGCUUGUCAUACGAGACAAAAUUUCCCUGCUGAAUCAAAAACUGAAGGGACUUUUGGCUCUGCAUCAGAAACUCAAACGUUACCUGGUGAAAUUUCUUCCAAUGAAAGUGCUGGAUGUGAAGGGACACAAAUUGCUAACAGGUUCGAGAAUUUUGAGAAAUUUUGCCAGUCUGGAUUGUCUCAUCUUGGAAUCGAACAUUCAGAUGAUAUAAACCUGCAAAGCAUAUGGAUGGAAGCAGAACCGUUUGCUGACCUUAUAGGACCAUAUUGGUCUCUCAGAGCUGCUUUAGGGCCUCUUUUGGAAACUCUUAUUCUGCUCGAUAGGUUAUUGUUUCUUCAAGAGCAAGGUAGUGUAUUGGAAGCCUACCUGUUACCAAUAUUUGACCCAAAUAUAUCUCCCAGAAAUGUGGCUAUAAUUGCAAAGAAGAUUGACAAAGAUUUAAGAUCCUCCUGAUGCUUAAAGGUAACUCAUAUGUCAGCAUGCAUCAUCUAUGUGUAUCAUCAAAUCUCGCAAACAAUGUAAAGUACCAAUAUUCUCAGUAUUCUCUUAGGUGAAGAAGGUAGAUUCGCAUGGAACAAGCUGCCUAUGCUGCUGCCAUGAUUCAAUACCCCACUUUCUUGUGAGUUCUGUUGAUUCUCAAGAUCAUCUCGGGUGAAGGUCAGAUUCAUAGGGACAGGGAAGCCACCGCAAUGGUGCUGUCAUCAUUUAAUCCCACUACUUUCCUCUCGUUGGAAAAAAGGUGUUACUCAACUCAGGUUCCAGUUGGGGUCUCGCAUAAUAAGAUAAUACUUUGUAAUAUUUAUUCAUAUGCAGUUCUAGAAUAGCUAGCUGAGCACUUAAUUGAAAUGAUGCAAGCUUGUAGAGUAUUUAAGCCAUUAUUUGAAAAUAGAUAUAAAAACCACUCUCUUGCUUACAAGUGAAUCAAAAGGAACAAACAUAGUUCUAUACUAUUAGACAGCCCUAUAUCAUAUACAUAUCUAGACUGUGAUUUGCAUCUGAGCUGGAUGAUUAUUGAAUUUUAUCUGGAGGAAUUUGAUGUGUUUGGAUGUGGAGUGGCUAGAACACGAGGAAAGCUGCAGUAACAUAUUGUGAACAUAUGCUCAAAAGUUAACGUUUUAUGUUUAACUUGAGAGUCCGUGUUUCGACUGAACCAGCCUACUCUAGAGCCUCUUAAGAUUGAUUGUUGGUGCGUAAUGUGGAUGACUAGUAAACACGGAUAAGAACACAACAGAAAUCAUGAGUUACUGGACAAGAAUAUUAUUGCAUUCUAAUUUUGUCCACUUGAGCGACUACUCUGAGAUAUGCUCACUGCAUCUCUUGGCCAUUUCUCCAGUCUUCAACCACUGUCCUCUCUUUUCUCUUCGUACAGUCCAAAUCAUUCUCCUUUGAUGUAGCUUUGAUCAUGGUGAUGCGUCAAGCUCUCGCGAAUAGCGGUACCACUGUUCAACCAAUUGUUUCACUCAAUUGGGAUUAAGCCCGGAAGGGUUUGGGUUGCCAAGAAUCGAUGUUUCUCCUGUCCUCACACUUGUUGUUUCCUUUUAACGACGUUUGGAUCUUAACAUGUUUAUUGUAUUUUUGAUCCACUGUCACUUCAAUAUGAAGUCAAGUCUCUCUAACACCAUUUUAAGGAAAACAAUUAUCAUGGGUAUAUAUUAAAAAAGGAUGAGCAAAAGAACAAUGUUUGAAGAGCUAUGGAUCAAGACUUAAGAAAUGUUAUGAAGAUUA